AUGAAGACGACAACGGCCGCUCUUGGCUUCGUCGCUGCCGUUGCGGCGUACCCGGCGGCGUCUCGUCUUGACCCCCGGGCUUGUACCCCCGGCGUCUUGAUUUGCAACGGCGCCUCCCAGUUUGGCCUCUGCAACUCGAACGGCGCGAUUGCCUGGAUCAACGUUGCCGACGGAACCAGCUGCCUUUGCCACGGCUCCGAGUGCCACAUCAUUGCCGUCUCGGGAAGCACCGAGUCCGUUGCCGUUUCCACCGCCGCCAGUGCCACCGCCGUUGCCACCACGGCCGGUCUUGCUCCCGCGCCUGCCGCGCCGUCUGCCGACGGCGCUCCUGUUUCUGAUACUCCUGAUGCCCUCUCUGCAUCUGCCCCGGUCGCUACCGGAACCGCUUCUCCACCCAGCAAGUCUUCUGAUUUCGUAAACAACCUCGAGGUGGCUGCUGCCGUCGCCGACACACCCGAGUCCCCGGCCACAUCUGCCCCCGUGCCCGCCGCUUCUUCAGCAUCUCCGUCCCCGUCCCCGUCCAAGUCCCCGUCCAAGUCCAACCCUGGCUCCGGCUCCGGCUCCGGCUCCGGCUCCACCGCCGGCUCCACCGCCGGCAAAGCGUACAUCAAAACGUUCCUCGGCACCGGUGCCCCGUCCCAGGGCUGGCCCGAGCAGUCUCAAUGGGUCGACUUUGAGAGCAUGUGGUCCGCCAACCUCGCCAACGUCAUCUCCAAGGCGUGCUCCUCCUUUGGACAGCCCAACAACUCGGACCAGGAGAGCGCCGACCUGAAAAAGGCCAUCCUGUCCGUGGCCAAGUCGUCCAACAUUGACGCUCGCUUCAUCCUCGCCGUCGUCACCCAGGAGUCGGGCGGCUGCGUCCGCGCCCCCACCACCAACUACGGCGUCCGGAACCCCGGCCUCAUGCAGUCGCACGACGGCGCCCACUCGUGCUACAACGUCAACCCCUGCCCUUCGGCCCAGAUCCUCGGCAUGGUCCAGGACGGCUCCGCCGGCACGUCCUCCGGCGACGGGCUCCAGCAGAUCCUGGCCAAGGCCGGCAGCGGCGUCGCCCAGUACUACAAGGCUUCCCGCGUCUACAACUCGGGCUCCGUUGCCGCCAGCGGCCUUCUGCAGGACGGCAUCGCCACCCACUGCUACGCCAGCGAUAUUGCCAACCGGCUUAUUGGCUGGUCAGAGGGCCUCAGCGGCUGCAAGAUAUAA